AUGAAUGCUUUAUUCAGUGAUGGACGUUUGCAAAGUUUGGUUGAGAUCGUACAUCAGAUUGCUGUCGAACCGAUAUCCACAGAUGUGGCGCUUCUUUCACAUCUACUCGCGUUCAUUGCCCAUCUCCUUCAAAAAGGUGCACUUCAACCAACCGUCGAUAUGAUUUCUGAGCUGAUCGAAAAGGUUUUAUCGGCAGACGUAACUGCAGAGAUGCGAAUCGCUGAAACAGAUCGCUGUAUUGUUGAACUGAUGCGAAAUGUUAGCGAUUUGAAUGAGCUGGCGAUUCUGAAAAGAGCAGAAAGGGUUCCACAAGCUGAUGAGAAUAUGUUCGAAAUCUUUGAAGUGNCAACUAAUUGCUUGAAUGCAUUGAUUAUUGGUUGUAGAGCUGAUGAGAAUAUGUUCGAAAUCUUUGAGCCAAAUGUAUUCUCGAUAAUAAGAGACAUUUUCGGUGAGUUAACACCUGAAGAACUGCCGACAUGCACAAAUUUCGUACGAUCGUUACUGUUGAGGCUAGCCGCUGUGGACGUUUAUCAAACAGCAGAACUGAUAUUGGAUCAUUUCAUCGAUUGGUUGGAUGACGCUCCAAUAGAUACUGAUAUAUCGGCGUUGCUGUUCUAUAAUUGUUUCAUUGUGCGGCGUGAAAGAGGUCAUCGGACGUUGACCGGUGAUGAAGAAUUGGACGAAAGGCUUUUUGAGGUGACGGUCGAGGAGUUGGUCAGUGACGAGCAUGAUGACAGCCGGGAUGAGGUGAGGGGAUAG